AUGACAGAUACCUCCUUGCUCGCAACAACGCCUUCGACCGGAGAUCCGUAUCCGGUCACUGCGACUCCUCACUCCCCGUUAGCCAACGGCGCCAUCUCGGAUUCCGUCCCGUUCGAAGAUGAAGAACCCUACACCAUCAAGUGCAUCUGCGCAUUCCAAGAUGAUGAUGGGAACACGGUCUUCUGCGAGAAAUGUGAGACAUGGCAGCACAUCGAGUGCUACUACCAUGGCAAGGAAGUCCCUGACGAACACUUUUGCACGGACUGCUCGCCAUCGCCUCGCUACAUCGACGGAAAACGCGCGACCGAGCGACAACGCCGACUACGGGAGCAGAGUGAUAGCGGUGACCGGAAAGCCAAAAGAGCUGCAGCAAAGACUCAGAAGAAGAAGCAGAAGGAGUUUGACCAGGUAAACGGGCUCCAUGUCCGAAGCGAUUCUAGUUCACGAGAUCAACCCCCUACCAUCGCAAAGAAAACAAAAUUAGGCCACAAGUCAUCCGUUUCGAUGACUUCGGUUUCAGCUCCCCCUAAGUUGCUGCCAGAAUCACGGAAGCGCUCGGGAUCCGUCGUCGCGUCCUUGAGCAGUCCGACAAAAUCAUCUGGUCCACAAAUUCCCCUUUACUCUAACGAAUUUCUUCAUUUGUACGACAACGACCAGGGUCAUGUGAAUAUGAAAAGUAAUCUUGUUGUCAACCUACAUCUCCUAGGUGACAUGGGCGCCUGGGUGAAGGAUCCCUCAGCUCUUCCCUCAGCUACCGGCCGUUCGCCACAGGACGUUUUCACUUACUCGGAUAGCCUGGAUUCGUCACAGUGGCCUGAGCUUUCCAUCAAAACGAUAUUCGACGAUGAUUUGGAGACUGAUGGUCUCCGUCCGAAAUGGAAAUGCUUGAAGACAGAAAGCAUCGUUCAUAAGGAUCAAAUCGUCGGAGAAAUCAAAGGAAAAAUCGGCCAACUUCGCGACUAUUGUCUGGAUCCGAGCAAUCAGUGGCCUGAGCUUAGACACCCCCAGCCUUUCGUCUUCUUCCAUCCUCAGCUACCUAUCUACAUCGACACCCGGGAAGAGGGGUCCAUUCUUCGAUACACUCGCCGAUCUUGUCGGCCUAAUGUCACCAUGAAGACUUUUAUUACAAACGAAGUCGAGUAUCAUUUUUGUUUUGUUGCUAACCAAGACAUUGCCGCGGGGUCCGAAGUCACGGCGAUGUGGUAUCUCGACCCGCAGCUUUUCGGCUCGAAUAACUUGGGGAAGCAAGAAUCAGGAGACAAUGACCAAGAGCAAGCCAAAGCGAUCGCUAUGAGUAAUGUUCUAGCACAUUUUGGUGGUUGUGCCUGCAGUCCAUCGCAGAACUGUCUCUUGGCUGCUGUAGAUCGCCGUCGUCAUCCAGGUGUGAAACAGCUUAAUGGCAAGCGGAAGAAGAAGUCCAAGUCUACUGUAUCGCCUACCAGUGGCCCUCGGUCGAAUAGCAGUCGUGCAGGUAGUGAAGCUGUGAAUGACGACGAUGCCGACAACAGGUCAACCUCUGGCUCUGCCCGAGGCCAGGCUCGCAGCCGUGAUAUGACGCCUACACAUCCACCGCCUGAAUGGGCGUUGCCUGACUCGGAGUUGUCUGCUCGCGACAGGCGUAAGAUUGCUGCCGUUGAGAAGAAAUUCGAGCAGCUAGAACAUGAUCAACAUGGAGGACCGCGGAAGAAAAAGCGCGGUAGUGCGACAUCCUCCCAGUCUCAGCCGGCCCCAUUAGCAAGAAACCAUCUCUCAUCACAAGGCCCAAAACCUUUGAAGGUAGAUCCUACCGCUGGUCGUCAUUCGAACUCCCCACCAUAUCUUUUCGGUUCUCGGCAACAUGUCUCGCCACAAUCAGCAGUGUCUGCAACCAAACGCUCUCCUCUGUCAAGGUCCUCUUAUGUGGAUGGGUCUCAACAAACUCUGACUAGAAUUGAGUUUUCACCUCUAGGUCGACGCUUGUUGAAACGAUGUCACGAGGACAGUCUCCAAUUCCAGUGGCCUUCAAAAAGACAAGAGCGUCCAUCGCCUGCCACAACAGACGCAGCUCUUUCUCCUACUGCUACCGAUUCACACAUCCCGGCUCUUUCGGCGAACGAGACUGAAGAUGUGGAAAUGGCCGAUGCUGGAAACGAAUUGACGCCGCCAAAACCUCGAUCGGAUCGACCAGACUCUCCAGACGUUAUGAGCAAGCCGCCGCUACCUUCACCUUUACCUUCCAUGCUUGCACACAACACACCGAUUCCAGGAUCGUUGAAACAGCGGUCGAGUAACUUACACGUACAACUUCCGCCGAACAAUUUCACGCUACCUAUCAACCCUCCUAAUUCUGCUACUCCUUCUCUUCAAUCGCCCUCCGACUCUCUCCAACCACCACAAACGCCCGGCGGCAGCCUCACAGCGCCGAGUCCAGUCAAGAAAAAGAUGAGUCUUGGUGAUUACCUCGGGCGCAGGGGGACAAUGGCGACACCGACAUCAGAAAAGACCCAAGCGCAGGCCAACAGCAGUCUUGCACCUCCAAGCAAGCCCGUCCAAGCCACCACGCCACCCUUAUCCACCGACGGCGAGCCACAGAACCUGCCUGAAAUCCCUAAACCGGAGACCCCGUCGAACGCCGAGGUCGACGCUGAUGUCGCGAUGAAAGAUGUUCCCAACAACAAACCCCUCUCUCCACCCUAUGUCCCUCCUCCAGCCUCACCCCUGCCAACCACGUCCACAACAAACCAAGUCUCGCCAACAUGA